UUUUAAUCUGCAGCCGUAGGUCCUAUGCGUAGGUCCUUUGUCUUUUUCCAUGUUUUUUUUGUGAAAAAGUUUUUGAUAAAAGCAUUAUAUUGAUUGAAAAAUAAUAGUAAUAUGACUAAAUUAAUGGAAUGGAUUUUUGUAGCAGGUGCUUUAGGGGCAAUUUGGCUAGCCCUACUUACAAAUAAAAUUGAAAACAUUUUUGUUAAAGAUUAUUAUCAGUUACUGUUAUUUUCUCCUAUAAUUUUUAUUGUGUUAUUUGGGAUAUAUGCUCUAAUAAUAGUUUUGUACAGAGUUUUUACAUUUAAUAACUGUAACGAAGCCGCUGAUGAACUUCAAAAGGAGAUUCAAGAAGCAAAAGUGGAUCUUCAACGACAAGGAUUUUAUUUUAAAGAACACUAAAAUUCUAUUUAAAAAUGUAAAAUUCUUAAAAAAAAUAUUUAAAAAUUAAAAUAGUCCUUGAUUAUAUUAUGCUCUACACUAAGGCCCUACAUGUAUUCUAUGUAACGAAAUUUCACAUUAUAUAUAAGCUACAUAAAUUAAUGACUAUAUUUAAAAAAAUAAAUACAUUCUAUAAUAAUCAUUGAUUAAAACUUUUAACAAAA